AUGUCAACCUCAACCCAUACGCGUUGUCCCUCGCCGUCAUGUCCUUCCGCCCUCAAGGAAGCGGCUCUCCAGCUCCACUACCUCGCGGAAGGGGCCGCGAAUGUCAUAUACAGCGUGUCUGUUAUCUCACCGGACCAUCUGAAGCAUCACUCUCAUUGCUGCAUUAUGCGCCUACGGAAAGAUCUUUCCUUCACCAAGCCCGCACAGGAAGUCAUGUCAGACUUCAACACUGCGAUACUCCCUUUAUUUGGCGACGAAUAUAGGUCUCUGCUAAUGGAGCAGGCGUUGUAUCAGCUUCCAGUGGAAAUGGUGCAGAAGGCGAAUGACGAAUUGAGAGAGAUGGACCAAGUUGAUGAGUCGGCCGUGUCCGCUGAGGGGCUCAAAGCUGUAGGCAGAAAAGUUCGACAUGCCCACAGACGCCAUGUCUAUCUGCCGUCCUACCACGUGGAACAGUAUGGCAUUUUGAUGCAAAACUUGCAAGGCCCAGGGAUCGACUGGCUGAUCGAGUUCAAGCCAAAGUGGUUGGUCCAGAGUCCUAGCGCGCCCUCGGAUGCGAGAAAUUGCAGGACCUGUGCUCUCAACGCAAUGAGGAGAAAAGGUGGGAAGCAUAAAGGAAGAGGUGAUUGCGGGUUUUGUCCCUUCGACCUGCUGGUGGGGCCUGAGGAGGGGGACGUCUUGACCCGAGCGCUGAAGAAUAUAUGGCCGCUUAAUGAGGGGAUUGACAAGUUUGUGGCCGAAUUCACGAGUAAGGUCCAACCGGCUUUACGGCAUUUGCAGGGACUGGAGCAGGAGCAUGGCUCUGUGGGUUUGGACGACUUCCAGAAGCCAGCCGGCAAGGACUUUGGCGUUGCCAUGGCCUUGAGAGACUGUAGUGUCUUCUUGGCGCUCAGACGCAGCACCACCGAAGGAAUGGAUGUUGUGGACGUCAAGUUCGCGGAUCUGGAUUUGAAGACCACCGAGGGAGGAAAGGUACAGAAAUGGGCGGCCAUGGAGCAAGAACUGCUGGACGGCGGAUGGUAUUAUAAUUCAGAAGGGUCGGACUGCUCGCUAAAUCGUGCAAAGCGGUAG